CUCAAUUCUGUGUACAAUGUAUUGAUAAUGCAUUGGAGCGAAAUCGAGGCCUAAUUGCACGGUAGGAGCUGAGUGUGAUGUGCACAUAACACCGAGAGAAAAUAUUCUGAUGAUGAAUUAGAGAUUGGAAAGAUAAGAAGAAAGAAGAAUAAGUUGAUACAUACGUAAACAGAGUCUCCUUUCCCUUCUUUCCUUGGUUCAGAAUAGUCACAAGGCGCCGUUAGGAAAGGCAAUGCUUGUCAUGCCUCUUUCUCUCCGCAACGAGUCAUUGCUCAUAUUUUUUUUACACUUUUUUCAUUUUUUUCUUUUUUUUUUCUUUCAUUUUUAUAAAUCUUCAAACGUAACAAUGCUUCAUCGUCAAAGAGAUUUCGAAAGGGUUUUGGAGACGAGGUCGACUUAGACAGAACCGGCUUUCCUUUUGAUGAUCCCUGACGAAGAGUGGGAAGAGGCGUGGGGAAGAGAAUGCAGAGGAGGAAGAAAGAGAGGGAUUACGAAUGGAAAGGGAAUGGAUAAAUGGGAGAAAGGAUGAAAUGGAGAAAAGGGAAAGAGAGGGGAGGAUGCGGAGAAAAAGAGGGCAAAGGAGAAAAGGGUAACCAAAGAAGAAAAGGAGGUGAGGAGGGGGUGAGGAUAAAGAGAAGAGAGAAAAAAAUGUAAGGGAAAAAGUGGAAUAGGGAAACGAGAAGAAGGACGGGCAAAAAAUGGAGACUAGGAUGUGAAAGGAAACCAAAGAAGAAGAGGGAGAGAGAAGGGGAGGGAGAUGGAGAAGAUGCAAAUCAAGAAAUGGAGGGAAACCAAACACAGGGCGAAAGGGAGGCGGGCUUUGUACAAGGAAGAAGAAGGUUAUCAGGCGAUGCAGCGGUGUCGAAGAGGAGAGGGAGGUGGCUGGGUAUAAGAGGACGGGUGCCCGGUGGAGGCGCAGUAACACGCUCGCCCGCGCCCUCCACACGCCUCUCCCUGCCUGCGCUCGCAAGGGCUUCGCUCUGGGCUUCACCGUUACAGGCAGGCGAAGCGCUGGUCGAAUUAAGCUUCGUGAAAAGGAUAAUCCACUUCCUUGUUUGUGCCGCAUUUCGUGAAUCUGUUCCGCGUGUGGGGCUACCCUCGUGGUCGCCAGAAUCAGCGCCCACGCCCUCGGCCGGUCAGCGGCGUUUCCUGUGGCGUCCGCCUUCGUCAAGCCGGUUCCUUCACUCUCCCGCGUCCAUCUCGGUUCUCUCGCGGGCCCCGGACCGCCAUGGCCGCCACCGCCUUCAUCCUGGGCGCCGUCGCGGCGACCGGGGGCUUCGCGGUGCUGGCGGGAAGCUCCGCUCUCGCCGGCAUCCUCUGGGAGGGCCGCGGCCGCUACGGACGCGGUCGCUACCAAUAUAAGGAUCACAAAGGCUACGGCGAAGAGGAGAAGGAUGAGGAAAAGAAAAAGAAGGAGGAGGAAGAAGAGAAAAAGAGACGCAAAAAGAAGGACAAGGAACGGAAGCAGGGAAAAGGACCCGGGGGAUUCAGCCUCAGACACGACCGCUCCGUACCCGAAGGAGACGCAGGCGGCGACGCAUCAGCCACCGAAGAACAGCUCCUGAAUGGGCUCAGGCGGGAGGACGCGGCAUGGUGCGGCCUCAGGCUCCUGUGCGAGCUGGCUGCGACGGCGGAGGCGAACGCAGAGGACCUCGGCGAGGAGGAGCUAGCGCUCCUCAACCUCAUCGGUCCCGUGGCAAAGCCCGGCGAGGGGCUCCUCCCUCCCGCCGGCGCCCUGGAGGAGUCCCAAGCGACCGGACGAAGCGGCCUCCGGAAAGACGCCUGCGCAGAGGCCUUCCAACUGUGUCCUCUUGACGCACUGAGGAUCCUUCGCGGUGGAGCGGGAUUUCUCCCCUGA